AUCGGCAGAGGCAGGCUUACGCACAAACACACCCCAUGUGACUUUGGGUAACUUCAUCAGACUUCACAGCGACACAACGCUGACCCUGGACCAGCACUUAAACGUGGAUGUUAUAUUGUAUGGCACUAUUUUACUACUUUAUCCGUCUUCUCUGGAGGUUCCGCAUUCACCCUCUCUUGAGAUGUUUUGGUUCAGGCAAGGACUGUGCUUUCUGCCAGCGUUUCUGGUCGUCUGGUCCUCCAGCACUUUUAUUGUUUCCUACCUUAUUGCGCUUAUCCGACAUGAUGUCGACAUAAUCUUUCCAUACAUAAGUGACACAGGUGCAACCCCCCCGGAGAGCUGUAUUUUUGGCUUGAUGACAUUCGUUUCUGCAUGUGCAGGAAUAGCCACCAUAUAUGCCAGGUACAAGUUUGUGGAGAAGCUGAGUGAGGACACAAAGGUGGUGAGCCUCCCUCUCAAUAAAACUGCGUUUGUGUUUGGGGUCCUCGCCUGUUUUGGCAUGUGUAUUGUUGCAACGUUCCAGGAAACAACCGUGACAGUAGUUCAUGAUAUAGGAGCUCUGGUGUUCUUUGUUUCUGGUAUCUUAUACUUAAUACUCCAGUCCUUUAUAUCAUAUCGUGCCUAUCCACUCGGGUCUUCUGUGGGUGUGUGUCGAACACGUUUGGGUAUCGCCGUCCUUGCCUCUUUGGCGUUCUUCCCCACUGUCAUCUGUGCGUUCUUUGUGAAACAAACCACACUGCACAGAGACGCAGGAGACAAGGACUAUCCCUUCUAUGUAGCCAGCGCUUCAUGCGAGUGGAUUGUUGCCUUCAGCUUCAUCUGCUUCUUCCUGACGUACAUCGGCGAUUUCAAACUAUUUACCUUACGAAUGAAAACAGAAUAUGCAGUGUUGUCUCGAUGAGUCGACAACUGCCAGCAACACUUCGUAUGAACGUCAGUACUGUAAAUGUGUUACAUCUGUUUUUAUAAAAGUUUUACACUUGUACAUUUGAAUUUUACAAGGCUUUUAUAAGAUUGUGUGUUUUCUAUCACCUGACUGAAUGUAGUGGUACAAUAGGUGCCUUGUUAUUUAUACAGAUCUGUAUACUUUUUAAUCAAUGUCGAAUCCUUAUUAGUGUACUUCACAUAACUUUGCACUUUGCUCAUGACUCUUGCCACACCAGCAUGACACGUCCCGUCAGACCUGUGACCAGUAAUAAGAGAAGUUCAUCACAGUGAACACAUGAUAGUUGCACUUGUGGUUAAAUGAGAAUACCGCUCAAACUAAUAACAUGUUUGUCUGUGGGUAAAUGAUUGCUGAUGAUUUGUGAGACUACACUGAUGCUGUAACCAGAAACAUGUCUGAAAUAUGUUUAUGUCUUGUACUUACUGUGCUGCACAUGUGCUAACUGCUACUGCUAUACUACUACAGGCUCCUACAGUGCAGCUAUGAGUUUAUGCAUGCAUGUAGUCUGCAGACAGCUCAUCCAAUGGGAUUUAGCUACGUAAUUAAUCUUCCCAUUACAACUGCCAAAUUAAAUUGUUGUAAUAAACAAGUUUUCAGUGUUCUUUCACAGAUACAUAGACCGUUUUAUUUGCCUUAGAGCCGUUAUAAGCAUGAUAAAUCAGUUUACAACAGUACUGUAACUUUUAUUGUACUUUUUGGGACAGUGGGCUCGUCUGGUCAAAACUGUGCAGUACAGUAUUCCCAGUUUACAGUCUGUUAGCAUUCCUGCCAGAUUAAGGACAUUCAUUGUCCAUGCUGAUACAUAUUUAUAGAUUAUAUCCUAUCAGCUAAAGAAACUGGGCAGGUAUUUGUAUACUUUCAGAAUAAAACAGGAAACAGAACAAUAAAAAGCCAGGAUCAUGACAACUUUAGAUGACGGGAUCAUUUAGUAUAAAGAAUAUUCAUUGACAUGACACAAAUAUGUAUUUUAAAUAAAGAAUAAUUUCACUUA